AUGCAUGUGUAUUACGUGUUUGUAGAGAAUGACUGGGAACUGGUCUUCAGAGCACAGUCCAACAACAGUCUGAGUCCUUAUGCAGCAUGGAUGGGAACGUUGUCACUUCCAACUCCGGUACAACUGGAGCUAAACCGAGGUGGUAGCCGAGUUGUCUAUGUCCGAUUUGAUGGCAGAGGAUCAACGUUCACCAACUGGUUCGGCAUCGAUAAGUUAAUAGACAGUGGCUGGAGCACCAUGUCUAAAAGCCGCACCUUCAAUUACUUCUCCAUACAUGGGACUGCCGAAAGGAGGUUUUUUAUCAAUCAAAACUAUGGCAGCUGUCCUGUCGACGCGGGCUGGAUGGCAGUUAUUGAUACCACUUCAGUCUAUGGACCAUGUGAGUGGGACAUCAAAACAAAAAAGAGGCCAGCCUUUCUUUUCGCUCCAACAGAGGAUGUCACUCAGUGGCAGAACUAUGGUAAUCUCAUUGGGUGA